GUAUUCAAACUUCCGCCGUGGUGUGUGUGAGUGUCUGUUGUUAUCGGUCUUGUGCUUUCUUUGUACAUAUUGAGACAGUUUGCAAGCGUUUAGCUUCGUCAUUGGGUCGGCAAACCUCGACUUCGUCUCAGUGGAACAUAUUUUUAAACAGAGCCGUUUAAAAAUGGAAGAAAACGAAGAAGUAAGUAGUAAAAUGGUGGAGAGCAAAAAACCGAAACUGCGCAGGAUGUCAUCGAGGACGUCUACGACCAGUGUCAUCAGCGCUGCAGAACCUUCACCGCAAACACUCCGGAGAAACAACUCCAAAAAGUGAGUAAAAAUCUUUCAAGGGUCGUUGUUUUCAUCUUUAAACAUUUUUAAGCUCUGCGGGGUCAAAUUUGACGGUGUUUAAGCACGUUAUGAGCUGACGUUACGUCCUACAGUAAUGAAUAGCACUGACUGUUUUAACCGGCGAAUGAUGCUUUCAAGUCCGGCUCGAAAAACACAGUUUCAGACGAACGAACCCGUUUUUUCAGAUAUCAAUCGCAGUGUCAGGCAGAUGGAUAUACCCUUGUAUGUUUAUUUUGUGUAUUUUUUAUUGUGAAAAGAAAAUGAAUAAAGUGGUUGAAACUAUGCUGUGAAGUUUAGAGGGAAAUGUCAGCGUCAUUUUACUAGUGACCAUACUUAAAAUAUUUACAUAUAAGUUGUUAGUUCAUGUUAAAGUAGGAGUAAGUAUUUGGGGUAUUUCUACUUGCAGACUUAUCAAAUAAAGAAAUUGAUUUUUAGAUGCUAUUUGCUCUAUGAAAACAAAGAAAUGAUGUGCCAAUAACAAAAAAAUGACAGCUUAAGAAACAUGACCAUAUUUUCUUGAUUUUGUGGCCAACAAGCGAAAACCCAAUUAUAUUUAAUGUAUUUCAAACUAUGACAUGACUGUAGUAAGGUUCUGUUAAUUGUGCCUUUGUUAUAUUUUUAACCUACACCCUGAAGUAUUAGAUUUGAUAAUUCUUUUAUAAAUAGUAGAUGACAUGAGACUCCAGACGAACAAAUUUCCCUUUGGGGAUCAAUAAAGUUCUUGUUUUGUAUAUGCAUUUAAUGCUUUGGUUAAUUUUCACAAACAAAAAAGUAUACUGAAUAAACAUUUAUAAGCAUGUAAGCAGUCCCUUCAAAAUAAAACAACACCUUCAGUUACAAAAAGAGGGGAACAAAGGAAAAGGUGUAACUAAAGACAAAAUACAAAUACAUUUUCAGAUUAAAAUAUAGCAUUGAUAACAAGAUUCAUAUGAUAAAUAAAGUAGAGUAGAAUAAAAUGAAUAUACAGUCAUCUAGCAGAUCUAACAGUCACAUUUGUUCAUUGUUCAUAUGUUCAUUAAUGUAAAUUUUAGCUUUUUUUAAAUCAUUGUUACAAUAAGAGAGACAUACCAGUUAGUUGUAUUGGUAUUGAAUAUCUGCAGCAACUAGUUAUAUAAGUUGGAUAAUCUAUAAGCUUUUUUGGGGGGGGCUGUAUCACAUUUUAAGACUCUUGAACAGCAACAGUGUAAGUUUUUUUUUUUUUUUUUUUUUUAAGUCUAUCAGUCACUUUGAAAAGGUGUAUCUGCAUGUUCAAACUUGUAUUGUGCCUCUGUUUGCUCUCUUGGGCUUGGAAAAUGUAAACUGUUUAACAACCUGCAGAGAGGGUUGAAAAAAUUCCUAAUGUUUGUGCUGGCUUUGACUGCAGCCCUCCAGAAUGAAGUAAACUUAAAGGAAUAUUAUGGGAAACAUUUAACCUAAAUUUAUAAGCCUUCUUUUCAACUGCUGGUAAAUAUAAAUGCUUGGCUUGAAACUUUGUUCACUUUCCACUCCCAUGUUUCUGAAGGCAAAAGGGUAAAUUAGGUUGCGAAGUGAUGUGUUCAGCUGACCUUGGCCUUUCAUGGACCAUCAUGGUAUCAUUCCUGAAGAAUAACACAUUGUACCUCUCUGUGGCUGCAUUAUAUGUGGCUUUAUGUGGCAGAAACAAGGAGCAGUCCAACUUCUCAUAUGGAAUAAAAUAGUUAGAUCCUCCUGCCGUGAUCCACAGUAUUUGAUUUAUUGAACACAGCAGUGAGCAGAAAAAAACUGCAUUAAUAUUUUAUGAUUAAGCUAAACAGUUUUUUUUUUUUUUAAUAAAAAUGAUCAUUCUACUUUUAUUUUCUCCUGGAUACACCAACAGUCAUGAGCUUGAAAGAGCCAAGUGUUGAAAUUCAAUCUUCAAUCAUUUUUAAAUACUGACUUGAUGUUUUUAGUGACUGUUUUUGUUCAGUCACCAGUCAAAGAAAUACCCUCAGCAUGGUAUUUGUUCAAUUCAUUGUACUGCAUGAUCCUAUUUAAUCAUUGUUUGUCUCAUUGCCUGCAGACCUCCAUUGCAGAGAGGCAGCUCCUUCACCUUUCUUACUCCUGGGACCCCAUGGGACUUCAGUCUAGUGAGUCCAUCUUUGAUAAUGCAAUGAUAUUGGAGUGCAUUAAAGUCUCCAGCCAUACAUUGAUUGGUUUUUGCAUACAUCACUAUUAAAUCAAUCCAUAUCAUUUUGAGCAUUUUGUACUGUGACCGUUGGUUAUGUGAGAGAUGUUGCUGAAUUUUUAUUUUUUUCACUAACCACCAUUUAUUCUUGUGUUUCUGCAGAAGAGAAAGCGCAAAGAAAAGGACGACGACACAGUCAGUCUGUCUAGCUUUGACCUCAAGGUGAGAAUCAGGGAAGCUUCCUGUUGAUGCUGAAUGUUUGUGCCGCACCCUCUGAAGUGAAUUCCUCAGUAAAGACAGACAUUAGCACAGUGUGUUAUGAGCUAAAAAAAUCUCACUGGAUCUCGUAAAAGCACUAGUAACUUCCUUGCAAAAUGGUGCUGGUAUUUAGAUUUCUACUUUGUCUUGUGUUGCAGAACUCAUUGGUGAUGGUACUGUUACACAAUAGUCCUUAAAAGAAGUGACUGUAGUGACUAUGCUGACCUGAAUUUUAGUCACUGUCUGGAUGCGGGAGUGAGGUGUUUUUGACGCACUUCCAGUACAAUCCAAUGUCCAAUCCAAGGUUGUUGUUGGUUAAAAUUUUGCCAUUUAUCGAUUGAAUGAAAAACAAGCAAAAAAAGACAGAUACGUCCAACUUACUAUGAUGGUGUGGCUCGUGAUGAGGGUCUUCCUGUUCCUCAGAUCACUGCUUCACCUGUGUCCCUUUUGUAGCAUUUACCUGCCCAUUCACCUUGUGGUGAUUGUGCAAGCAACAAAACAAAACCGGAAAAAUGAUAUAGAUAAAAUGGCUCAUACAGUGACACUGAAGACCAUUAAUUUCCUGUACUUCUAGGAACCCAGUAACAAGCGUGUUCGACCUCUGGCAAAAGUUUCAUCCCUGGUGAACUUGAUUUCCCCCUCAAAGAAUGGAGCAGUACGACGCUUUGGUCAGACCAUCCAGGUAGGAACAAUUCACAUUUACUUUGCUUAAAAAUAUCACAUGUUGAACCUAAAACUAAAUUUUUUUGUGAUUUACUGAGAAAAUAUGUUUGUUUUUUUGUCUUAGUCGAUGUCAUUACGCAGUGACACCAAGUCACCGGGGAUGUCCCUCAAAGGGAGCAGCAAGACAGCGGGUCCCACUCCCACUAAACGCAGAAACAGCACACUGUGGUCAGAGAUGCUGGACGUCCAACAGAAGAGCACGUUCUCCACUAAAGAGAUCAAGAGACAGGAGGUUUGGGCGUCUCAUUGUUUUUAAAGUCUUAAAUGCAGUAAACCACAGAGAGAUGCAAAAGUAACUGAUUACUGAUUUGACUUGUGAUUCUUCAGGCAAUUUAUGAGCUUUUCAGGGGAGAGCAGGAUCUCAUCGAAGAUCUCCAACUUGCUCGAAAGGUACAGAAACUGAACUGAAACUUAACACAUGAAUUCAACAUCAGUGAACUUGGAUAAAGCCCUCACACUUCUGCCUUUUUUAUGUGUAGGCGUACCAUGAUCCAAUGUUGAAACUCUCCAUCAUGACAGAAGAGGAACUGGCUCACAUAUUUGGGGACCUUGAUGCAUACAUCCCCUUGCAUGAGGGUAAGUUACACUCAAAGAUUUCUGAACUUUGAAUGUUUUCACUGAUUUCUGACAAGUGUCUUUUUUUUGACUUGCAGACUUAUUGAUGAAACUGACAGAAGGAACUGGCCCCGAUGGAACAGUAGCUCAGAUUGGACAGAUAGUUAUAGACUGGGUAUGAAUGAAUACGUCUUUUUUGCUUUGCAUUCAUUAUGUACACAUAAAUAACAUCAUGUAUAAAGAUCGUAAUAACUACUUUUUCCUCUCAGCUGCCCGGUCUGAAUGCUUACAAAGACUACUGCAGCAACCAGCUUGCUGCUAAAGCCCUGUUGGACCAGAAAAAGCAGGACAGACGGGUGCAAGAUUUCCUGCAGCGCUGUCUAGAGUCGCCCUUCAGCAGGAAGCUGGACCUCUGGAGCUUCCUGGACAUCCCUCGUUCACGGCUGGUGAAAUACCCUCUGCUGCUGCGGGAGAUCCUGAGACAUACACCCCCCGAUCAUCCGGAUGUAGCUUAUCUGGAGAGAGCGGUAUGUAUUCACAUUGUGCCUGUUAUCACAAGGAUGCAGCUUUUAUUUCACCUAUUGUACAUUUUUUAUUAUGUUUACUGAUCUUUCUCUGAUUCACCAGAUUACCAUAAUCCAGGACAUUUUGUCUGAUAUCAACAUAAGAAAAGGGGAGUCAGAGUGCCAGUAUUAUAUCAACAAACUGGAGUAUCUGGAUGAAAAGCAGCGGGACCCUCUCAUAGAAAACUGUAAAGUACUAUUAUGUCACGGAGAGCUGCGAAACAAGAGUGGAUCGGUGAGAAUGAACAUAAUUCUGCUUUAUUUAAUCUCUAAAAUUUGAGUUUGUUUUGUGUUUAAUUAGUUCUUUGAUUCCCCCACAGAGGCUGCAUGUAUUUCUGUUCUCUGAGCUCCUGGUUCUGACCCGACCUGUGACCCGCAAUGACAGAAGCUGCUUCCAGGUUUACAGGCAGCCAAUUCCAGUCCGAGACUUGGCUUUGGAGGACCUGCAGGAUGGAGAGAUCCGCAUGGGAGGGUCGUUCAGAGGGGCUUUCACCAAUGGAGAGAAAAGUGGGUUGAAUUGAGUUACACUUAUUUAUAGAUGUAGCAUCUCCAGUGACUCUAACAUUUUACUAACUAUAGGGACAUUCAUUUUGUCUGCAUUUCACUGUAAAUUCACACAUAUUUGGUCAGAGUAGGUUAGAGCAGUGGUUCUCAACUGGUCUCACUCUGGGACCCACACUUUCCCAUGGUCCUUAAGUCGCGACACACUUUUACAGAAUUCAAACCAAGCAAAUUUAUUUUUUAUUAAAAAAACCUGUAAAGACUCUAAUCUUUCACAUAAAUCCACUUGUUUGUUUUUUUUUUUGAGUAAAGUGCAUGCCAGAGCACAUGAGAAUGACAACUACUGAAGUUGCUUGAACAAAAAAUAUCAAAUUUCAUAUAAAUAUCACAUUAAAUAUUUACUUUUUGACUAGCUGUUCUAAACCCAUCCAGAACGUGUCCGCGACCCACUUUUAGGGCGGGACCCACCAGUUGAGAACCACUGGGUUAGCGUACAGUUGCCCGGGUUCCUGGUAGCACCAGAGUUUAAACCACAGAUCAUUCAUUUCACAUCAGGUAGAUUUUGUUUCUAUUCUUUGCUGCUUCGGUGGAUCUGGUUGACCGUGUUUCUUUACUUUACAGCCAAGAACAUUUUCCGCGUAAGCUCCAUGGAUCCAUCUCAUGGCCAGUCUCACACCCUGUAUGUCAAUGAUGUCUACCACAAGCAGCAGUGGCUCAACUGCCUGCGCACCGCCAUGGCCCAACAUCAGGGGGCACCACCCAGAGCUCAGCAGGAUGAAGCUGUCCGAGCCAAACGGCGAUCCCCCAUUAUCUCACCGCCCAUCAGUCACGAGGAGACUGAUGAGAACUGUCCACCUGUCUCAGGGCCCAAACUCAGGCCUCAGACACUUUCCAAAACCAGACUGGACCAGAAGUUUCAAGGCUCUGUAAAGAGGAAGGAGACCGGAGUUUAGACGCUUAACUAUGAGCUACAGGGUUUACUACAGGUUUUCCUGGAACAUGUGUCCUGGUUGUUUACGUGUCUAGAGGUAGAUUUUUCACCCAACCACUAUUUGUGUGCUUUUUUUUGUCCUUGUAGCUGCACUGAAAGCUAUUUUAAUCAUUUCCGUCCAAAAUGCCCUUUUAAUUUUAGUCUUUUAAAAAAGUGUAAUUAGUUUACAAAACAAUGUCAUGUAUCAGUGUUACUGAAAUGUAAGUUUACAACAGAUCAAUGUGUGGAAUCACAGUUUUAUGAGUCUAAGUUUUCGAAGAACUUUUAUCUUUUUUUUCUGUUAAUAUCAAAACAUCUUUAUUGUAUGGACAAGAUGUGUGCAUCUGUGAGUUUGAUAUGUGUCAAGAUAAGGGAUCAAGAAACAAGAAAAAUGUGUGAUGGCCACAGCAUGAAAUGUCAAAAUGCAAGCAGAACACAAGAACAUGAGCCACAGAGACAAUAUAAUGAAAGUAUCAAGCUGAUGAGAAAAGUUGUCCAUUGGGAAAAAAAUAAAAUAGUUUGUACAUUUCUGAAGAA